GAUAGAAGCCAUGGAUAGGCUUCUAUCGUUGUCUUCACCCCCUUCUAAGCCUUUUACAUUUCGGAGUCGUUUUGAAUCUGCAAGAUUCAAUCUUUCCCCAUCAACGCGUUCCUUCUUGAGGCGAACCACCUCAAUUUGUUGCAACCAUGAAAACCCAUCUCCAUUUUCGUCAUCAACUCCCUUGUUUGCUUCAUCCGUGGCCCCCAAUAAUUUACCUUCCCUUGCGUCUUCUCCAAACAGGUCCAUACCCGAGCCCCAUUCUCCCAAUCAGAUUGCAACUGAGGCUUUCCAAAAAUCAAAGGCAAUAACAGCUCGGACACUUGUAAUACUCUCUGCUCUUGUUGUGAUCUUAAUCCAACCAGCUAUUGCACCAGCAGCUUUUGCAACCUUUCAAACCGCUGCCAAGACCGGUGGUCCUGCUGCUGCUAUAGUUGGUGGGAAACUAAUCCGCACUGAGCUCCUAAGUAGUGCCUGGACUGGUUUCUUUGCUGGCUGCUUGCACACCUUAUCAGGGCCUGAUCACCUUGCAGCUUUGGCUCCAUUGUCAAUUGGACGCACCCGAAUAGAGAGUGCCGCGGUUGGAGCCCUUUGGGGUUGUGGCCAUGACGCUGGUCAGGUUAUCUUUGGCUUAAUAUUUUUACUCCUGAAGGAUCGACUUCACAUUGAAAUUAUUCGAACUUGGGGCACCAGAGUGGUUGGUCUUACCCUGCUAAUAAUUGGUGCUAUGGGAAUUAAAGAAGCUUCAGAAGUGCCUGCUCCUUGUGUUGCCUUAGAAAAUGGUGAAUGUGAUGUCGAUGUCUAUGAAUCGCUUAAUAAUCCAACAGUUGGAAAGAAGAAGAUUGGUUUUGCAACUUUUGCCACAGGGAUCGUUCAUGGACUGCAACCAGAUGCAUUGAUGAUGGUAUUGCCUGCCCUUGCUUUGCCUUCUCGUUUGGCUGGUGCUGCAUUUCUGGUCAUGUUCUUACUUGGAACUGUAGUUGCAAUGGGAAGCUAUACCGUAUUUAUAGGUUCAUGUAGCCAGGCACUAAAGGAUAGAGUACCUAGGAUAACUGAGAAACUCACUUGGGCUUCUUCCCUUAUUGCAAUAGCCCUCGGAUUUGCUAUCAUUAUUAGCCAGUUUUUUGGGUUUAGUCUGUAUUAAUACAUCUUUAAUCAGUAAGGAACUUAUUUUACGAACACCGUUUUGUGGUCAAGAAAAAGUAGAGACGUCAGAGAAAAAUUUGUUUGUUUAAGGCUAGUUCAUCGUCCUGUCAAUUAUUUGACAUUGCUUUUGAAUGUGUAAUAUUUAAGUUAAACGAUUCUGCAGCUGAGAACAACUUAGCUCUUUAUCGAUAUUUCUCAAAUUCAUUUUACCAAUAAUGUUGACCUAUAUUGGUUGUG